AUGACCGGAGCGCCGCCUUCACUGUCGACGCAGAUGUCGCACAUUGAAGAUUUUUUGAGCCGCAAUGUCCGAACCGCAGCACAGCUAUGCGACCUUGAGCCCCUGUUCGCGACUGUGUUCUCCGGUACCGACCAUCUCGAUGGAGCGUUUUCGGAGGUGCGAGACACCACGGCCGCAAGCCUGGCCUUGGGCCGAGCGGGAAACCUAUCGCCAUCGCAGGCCAGCAUUAUCAUCCGCUAUCCAACCAACGACGCCAUGCCGCUGAUGGACAGGAUGCUUCUGCAUUUGCGAAAGCCCUCGAGGCAAAUCUGGUGUCGAUGGGGCUUGGAAGACCUUGAGGAUCUGGGAUGGGAGUUUGAUGGGCAGGAUCGACGUAUGGCAGACUUGGAGGGCGGUGAAGAGACGGCAUCAAACUCGGAGAAGGAGGCUCCAUGCCCCGCCGACCUCGACUCCCUCGCGAGGAUGGCAGUUCACUACUUUAGCGUCCGCAACCAGCAGCACGCAUCGAAUGAUGACUAG